AUGGCACCUUCAAUGCUCCCAUACAACCUAGUCAGCGUCUUGCAACUGUAUAAGAAGGACACAGACUCCGUCGCCGGUUGGCUUGCGUCAAAGGCAAAUCACUAUGGCUACAAAUCACAGACAGCCGAGCCCAACGAUAAGGAGGCUCAGAACAAACCUUCCGGCCGCCUCAAGGAAAAGGCUCGUAAGGAGGCAAAGAGCCAGGCUACUGAACCCAAGGAUAAGACCGAUCAAAAGUAUAUUGUCGCCUUGGAGGACUAUGUCCCUAUGGCCAAAUUCAUCGCCGCGCAUCGGAAGCCAACUAUCCCGGUGUCAGUGACGGUCUUUAAUACAAUUGGCCGGGUCAUCGACCGGAGAUCUUCGUUUAGAGCUCAAAUGGUAAAGCACGGAAUUGAGGUUGAUGAAAAUGCCAACCAAAACCAUCUUCACUUCAUCCGUGUCAUGGAAACAGUCCGAGAAACCUUGCGGCCCAACAUGAAAGAAGUCGGCAAGCAAAAGUCAGCCGAAUCAGCUGAGCCAAGAAACGUUAUCGAAGGGUUCAAUUUGCUCUCACUGCAAGAGCCAUCCCGUGAGUUCUUGAACGCUCUCGACAUCGAGCGCCCCCAACAGAUGCCGGAAGACAACGCCACAUACCAGGCAGAAGAACAAGAUUUCUUAGACGAUGCCUUGGUCACUUGGGACUUCCUGAUGGUAGAAGCCGAGAUCAUCCGAAACCAGAUCGCAUGGGUUUGGAAAGGCCAUCGCGACGGCCAGUUUGAUCUCUCAGUUGCUGGAGUGAUCACGGAUACUGGAAUCCAUAUGGUAGAGAGACUUGUGGGCCAGUCAUUCAGACUCUUCAACAAACACGGCGGCUGUUUCCAGGUCGGGAGGAUGUAUUUCGGCAUGAAAGCUGCUCAACAGGACUAUUCGCAACAGCAAAUCGAUGAGUGCUGGAGUGGCAAGCAUGUCGAUUCUCAGCUGUCUGAACUCUUCAACUCCACGUUCUCUCAUGUACUCUCGAUCCUUGAGCCGCUGAUCACGAUGUUCCCACGUCCAACACAAAGCACCUUUGACACUCAUGAGAUGAUGAGCAUUCUCAAGAUUCGCUGCGGAGUGCCAGGGAGCGACGCUGCUACCCUGAACCUCUCAGUCGAUCAGUUGAUGGCAGCGCGAUUCUGGAACGAGGCCCUGGUAUUUGCCACGUAUCGCACAGAGUGUAGUGUCAUGGACAAAUUCUCAUCUUAUGUAUUUGAAUUAAGCGAGGAUCAUGUGAUGUCGUUCGAACUGGCAUUCGCACUUCAAGUUCAUCUUGACGUGUUCCAUAUCAUGCGGGACGACUUAGCAUGA